AUGAACUUUAAUAAAAUCAUCCUGUCUCGUUCUCAAGUGAUCGCACCGGCACGUUUACAAGAUAUGAGAGAUCAUGUGAAACAUUUGAUAAAUAAAGCCACACAGGAUCCUGAACAAGAUUUAUUUUAUGGGGCAAUUUUAAUUUCAAAGUUAAUUACAAUUUGUAUUGAAAAUCUCAAGGGGCAAGGAUUUCAUUACGUUCAGGGAGAUCGAGCCGAAAUAGGAUACUUGUACGAUGAGUUAUCAAAAGAAUUAACGAUCAUAUUUAUGAAACAAAAUGACAUCAAAAAUAGACAAUCCGAAAAGCAAAAGGGAAAUCCAAAAGGUGACAUAACCAUUCAUAACAAUAAAAACGAGGAAUUGUUACAACAACAAAAACGUCUGAAGCGCGGGAAAAUGGCAGAGAUUGUGAUCGAACAACCAUUGGACGAAUCCAAGCGUAACGCGGAAUUCCUUCAUCCUUUCUCACAAUCUAAUUUUGAAUCUUUCUUAUCUGAAUCAUCGAGCGAUGAAUUUAACCGCUUUGAUGAUAAUCUAUUUGAUUUUCCGUUUGGAAUGGAUGAGAAAUGUGACACGAAAAGCACAGUCGACAGAAGUAAUGGAAACGUGUCCGAUCUCUUCGAUACUGCGCCGCAUGACAUUUGA